AUGGGCGAAGCAGAGUCUCAACACACCUACGGCAUCUUCCGCUUCUGUGAACCAGACCUCUCAGUCCCAGCCGAAGAACGAGCCAUCUUCGCAGGUCCAGCCAACAUCCGAGCCGCAGAGGAGAAGAUCCAGCUGCGCGACUUCAGCACCUCAAAUGACAUCGCCAAAGGCGCCGAAGGCCUCGAUGUACAGGCUUUCACAUACAUCAAGCACAAGUCCUCCUUGGCUGGAGAAGAGCUUCUGCAAGGCACCAACGCGGAGGAUAUUUAUGCUCCCGAGGCAAUCGACCUCAUCUUGAAGCUGACGGGUGCCGCUCGUGGUGUUGUGCAUAAUUUGACGUUCAGACGAGAGGCGGCUACGAGGCAGGCUGAUAUCAACCAUGUGAUCAAGGCGGGAGGGGAGAGGGAUCAGGCUAUUAAGGCUCUGCCUCAGGAUCGGAUUUUUGUGGUCGGUCGAGAUACGUCGUCGUCCGAUGAGCCUUCACGAGAGGCUCACUGCGACAUGACGUUGGAGUCUCUGCGAGAUACAUUGACGAUGUGCAGGAAGGACGUUUCCGAAUUUGCCAAGCCAGUUGCCGAAGCGAUAGCGAUGCGUGCUCAAGGAGCAGUGGUACGAGUGCCACGUUAUGCUGCAUACAGUGUUUGGGUAAGGCUCUCGUUGCUGUCACGAACAUCAACCCCCGAAUGUUCUCAAGCUAAUUGCAUCACCAGCGUCCCCUCAAGACCGUCAAACGCGACCCCAUUGCAGUCCUCGACUACCGCAGCAUCGAUCCAUCCGAGCCUCCCCAUCACCACCUUCCGCGUACCCAGCGCAGUUACGGAGAAUGGCGAGUACAUUGUCAAAGCGUGGCUGCACGGUCCACCACGAGAUCCUGAGAAGCUGAAGUGGUAUUGGAUGCCAAAUCAGACCCCUGAGGAUGUCUGCAUCAUCAAGUUCUCGGACUCUGCAUCGGAGGAGGAUCCGAAUACUGCGGCUGGGUGUAUCCAUUGCUCGCCUAUUGUGUUGGGAACGGAGAACGAGGAGGUGAGGCAGAGUGUUGAGUGUUGGGUUUAUGCGUUUUGGGAUUAG